UCCAUCAGGCAGCAGCAGGGCAAAUUCUUCCCUGGAUGGCUUAUUCAACACCGAUUCUUAUUUAGCUUGCGGUCACGUCUCAAGCUUUGCAAGGCCUUUUCUUUUCAGUCUCGACAAGCAAGCAAAAGCAGAGUCUCGUUUCCCAUCCCCUUCUUCUUCUCUUGGGUUCAAUUCGAUCUAUCUCAGCGUCUUCGAGAAUCGAGUUGCGACGAUGAUCGACCCGAGCUGCCGUCGUUCGUACCGGCUCCUGUUGCUAUGCGCUCUCGUCCUUCUCCCCUCGCUCGUCCUCGGAGAUUGCACGUGCGACGCCGCUGGUGGGCAGCGCAACAAGAGGGAGGCUCUCAAGUACAAAGUGGGCGCGAUAGUCGCCAUUCUCUUAGCGGGCGCGGCCGGCGUGUGCAUCCCGCUGCUGGGGAAGGUCGUCCCGGCCGUAAGCCCCGACAAGGACGUGUUCUUCCUAGUCAAGGCGUUCGCGGCUGGCGUGAUCCUCUCGACGGGCCUCAUUCACGUCCUCCCCGACGCCUUCGACCACCUGACAUCGCCGUGCCUCGACCAGAACCCGUGGGGCAAGUUUCCCUUCGCGGGGUUCGUGGCCAUGCUCUCGGCCAUCGGGACGCUGAUGGUGGACACCUACGCGACCUCCUACUACACGAGGUCCCACUUCAGCAAGGCUCGGCCGGCGGGCGAUGGGGAUGAGGAGAACGCCGCCGCCGGCGAGGAUCACGACGGGCAUUUGCACAUGCACACCCAUGCUACUCACGGGCACGCCCACGGCUCGGCCUAUCAGGAUCAAGAACUGGGCUCGUCGGACCUUCUUCGCCAUAGAGUCGUAUCGCAGGUCUUGGAGCUGGGGAUCGUGGUGCACUCGGUGAUAAUAGGGAUUUCCCUGGGGACUUCCGGGAGCGCGAAGACGGUGAAGCCAUUGAUGGCUGCUCUGACUUUCCAUCAGUUCUUUGAAGGCAUGGGACUCGGCGGAUGCAUCACUCAGGCCAAGUUCAAGGCACGAGCCACGGUGAUAAUGGCCCUCUUCUUCUCCCUCACCACGCCGGCCGGGAUCGCGAUCGGCAUCGGGAUAUCCGACACAUACGACGAGAGCAGCCCGAGGGCGCUGAUCGUCGAGGGCGUCCUGAAUGCCGCGUCGGCCGGGAUCCUGGUCUACAUGGCGCUCGUCGACCUGCUCGCGGCGGACUUCAUGAGCGCCAAGGUGCAGGGGGACGGGAGGCUCCAACUGUUGUGCAAUUGCUUCCUCCUGUUGGGCGCUGGGCUUAUGUCCUUCUUGGCCAAAUGGGCAUGAGCGAGUCUCAAACGAUUUUGUUGUACAAAAUGUGCAUAAUAAUAAUGGCGUUCAAUUCUCUUUUUUUCUCUUUUU